GUGAAUGGCAGCAUCCUCGUCCCCGUCCUCGGCUGGAGGAGUCAGCGGCAGCUCGGUGACCCGAUCCGGCUUCAGUGCUUCUGAGCUCAUCCCGCCGAGGAAAGUGCUCUACACUUACCCCAAAGGAGCCGGAGAGAUGAUGGAGGAUGGAUCUGAUAGAUUUUUAUGCGGGUCUGUGUUCAGCUAUCAAGUUGCAUCCACACUGAAGCAGGUUAAACACGAUCAGCAGGUGUCACGGAUGGAGCAUCUGGCUGGACUGGUGGAGCAGUUGGAGGCAGACGAGUGGAAAUAUAAACCCAUUGAGCAGCUCCUGGGAUUCACGACCUCGUGACUGCAUUCAGAACAGACGGAUCAGUUUCUCCACUUGUAAACAUAUUCAUUGGUUUUUCCCCGUCUUGAAUGAGCUGAAGUUCUUAUGAAUGUACUGUAGGUGUAUGUUGUUUUGCACUGGUUUAUAAUCGUCAGCAUUGAGUGUUUGUGAUCAUGUGUGUAAAUAUGCGUUGUGUUUUUGUAUACAGCCUUAGGAAUACUUUAAAAUAAGAACCCAUGUUUUCACAGUGUGGAUUUUUACAUGUAUGAACUCUGAACACAUGUACAAUAAAAGCCUUUUAAAGCACAAUUCACAAUGUUGCAUGAAUU